AGGAAGGGGAAAGACGCCGAAGAGAACCCAAGGAGAAACACGUCAGAAGAACAUAUAUAAAUCAGAUUACAAGAAGAGGAAGCUUAAUGUAGGACUUAAUUCAAGCGAUGCAAAGUAGGGAAAUUAAAAGAUUAGGGUUUUUUAAAAAUAGGAUAAAAUUUGUACAGGCAACAGUCUUCACCCUCGGCCUCUUCUGAACAGUGGAGGCUGCUGUGCGAGUAUGGCGGAAGUCGGUGGAACAGAGUACAAUGAAUUCAAGUGGGGUAAAAAAAGGAGGAUUGGUGGGAAAAAGAGAGAUGUUCAGUUUUAUGAAUCAUUUACUUAUGAUGGUGUUGAUUAUACUCUUUAUGACAAUAUUUAUCUUUAUAAGGAAGGCGAAUCAUUCCCUUAUCUUGGAAAACUUAUAAAAAUAUGGGAGACUGCUGAUAAAUCGAAGAAAGUGAAGGUUUUAUGGUUUUUCCAACCUUGGGAGAUUUCAAAUUAUAUUGUAGAUGAAUUGGCACAUCCGAAAGAAAUAUUUUUAGCGACUGGUGAAGGAGAAGGCCUUGCCAACAUCAAUCCACUGGAAUCAAUUAAUGGAAGGUGCAAUGUAGUUUGCAUUUCAAAGGAUAGCAGAAAUCCACAACCUUCUGACAGAGAUAUCAAAAUGGCUGACUUUGUAUUUUACCGUACUUUUGAUGUUGGACUGAGAACUAUCAUGGAUAGGAUAGAUGAAAAAAUUGCUGGAACUGAAGUUAAAUUUAUUUUUAACCGACCUGGUUUUCUAGAGCCUUCUUCUGUCCAUAACUUUAGCGCGGAUGAUAAAAAUGCUAGUGAAAAUGCUAUGGAAAUAAAUGGAAGAGUGAUUUUGUCUAAGCUAAACUCAUCUGAGAACCAAAUUCCUGAAGAUGAUAGACAAGAGGAACAGAAACCUGUGGUUGCAGAGAAGCUUGCUCCCAAUGAUAGACAAGAGAAUGGCUUUAACUACAAAUCUGCUUCAAGUUUUAAAGUUGAAGAGAAUUCAGAUGUAAAAGUUCCAUCAGUUAAACAUAAUAUCUCCCAGAGAGAGAAGCUUGUUUCCGGUGUAGUUACAGAGUCAUGCGAAUUGGCCAAAGCAAAUGACAGACAGGAAAAUACUUCUGGUGAUAAGACAGGUUUUAGACGUGACGUUAAAGAAAAUGCAGACUCAGAAGUGUCAUCGGUUAAACCGCAAAACUCUUCUAUUGAGAAAAUAGAUCAUAUCAAUCAAGUCAAAGUUGAUGAAAAAUUAAAAUACAUGAAGGAUGCAAGUGAGUUGGAUGAGAGACCACAUAAGAAAGCAAAGCUUAAUAGUUCUGUGAAAGUCUCCAAUGAUGAUGAAAACUCAAGACAUCCUACAGAUCCUCGUUGGACAACCAAAAAGUCUUCCGAUAAGCUGAAAAUUGAUGAUAAACUCACAAAACCUACUAACUGCAAAACUCCUGGAAUGUCUCCAAAUGAUGGUAAAAGAACUGGUGACAAAGCUGUAGAAGUUAUCUGUAUGCCUGAUUCUGAUAGGAGCAAUUGGUUUGGGGAAAUUCCUUGGGAAGAAAGAAUGCAGGAUGCACAUGAGCAUGGAAAACUUGUUCUGUUUCAAAAUUUGGAUCCAACUUACUCUUCAGCGGAUGUGCAGGAUAUAGUUUGGACUGCCUUCAAGAAAACAUGCAGAGCAAAGGUGGUGCAGCACACUGCAUAUUCUAGCCCUCAUUCUGGUCAAGCUUUUGCUAUAUUCAAUACAAGGGAAGUAGCAGAGGGGUUAGUUACAGAAUUGGAUAAGAGAUGCUUGUGGCUACCGAAUCAGAGGCCACUUGUUGCCAGCAUCCCAAAUCCCUGCUUCUUAAGGAAGCAGUCAAUGUUUGCAGGCCAUCUCAUUGUUGAUAAACUCAAAUACCUACGGGAGAUGAAAGAAGCAGUAUCUACUUCACAUUGUUCCCAGCCCAACACACUUGAAUAUGAUAUGGCCAUGGAAUGGUGCUUAAUGACAGAAACAUCCAAUCGGUUCUGGAAAAAGUUAUACGAGCAACAACGGAAAGAGAUAAAAAGAGUGAAGGCCAACUUUAAGACCAAAUGAGCACUGAUAAUUAUCUUCCCCUAAUUUUGUAUAUUCCUUUGAAUUAAAAGGAAGCCAUCUUGUGAAGCAAACAACCAAUGUGGAGUUUCUGAUAUGAAGGUAUGGUCUCUACAACUGCUGCAUUUCCCUAUGUUUUGCCUUUUUUUCUUGUUUUAGUUAGUCUACAGGCCUUAUUUCCUUCAGUUGAAAAAUUUAUACAGUGUGUCUAGAAACCUCUUAUGAUACUGGUUUUGUUUCUCAAGUUUGUUAUGUCAAUCUUUUAUACUUGUG